AUGACCCAUCACCCUCAUACAGGGUAUGGCCACCUCGACAGACCACGAUCAAUAUCCUCCACGUCGGGAUCCCAGCAAUCCUCCUUUUCGCACACGCCCUCACACUUCAAAGUUUCAUCGCAGAGCUCAGGAGUGCCUCCGUCGCCCAGAGGGUCUUAUCGCUCCUCGCAGCGAGUGUCUACUGUGCGAGAAGAUGCGGUGUAUCGUCCCGCUAAGCGGCUCAAGUCGCAGUACCCGAUGUACUCGCCCGAGCCACACGUGGAAUAUAUCCUUGUGGCGUCGUUCGACAUCGAUCGAGGGCCGAUCAUGGAACAUCAAUACCCGGGCGCAAUCAGUCCAGACGAGAACAUGUUGGCUGAGUUGAUGCUUCCCGAUCAGACCCAUGUUCGGCAACAAGACUGGACCAUGUUCUUCCUUCAUAAAGACGCUGGCACAAGUGAAGAGGAAGCGGCUGAAAGAGAGGCUAGAAGGCAACGGCGAGCCGCACGGGAGCGUCUCAGGGAAUCAAUCGGGGCGGAGGGUCAAGAAUUCGAAGACACAAGCAGCGACGAAAGUGACGCCGAUGAGAUGGACAGUCCGCCACUGAUGUACGUUUUGAAUCUGGUCAACACCAAGCAAGAUAGUUCGGUGAAGAGAGGGGCCGUUGUCAAGGCCAUGGCCAUCUGUACCAGGCAUUCAUUCUUGCAUAUCUACAAGCCGCUGCUACUUCUGGCCCUCGAAGACUAUUUCAAGUCGCCAACACCGGACACGCUGGAGGACUUGUACAUUGCGCUCAACGCCAUGGAUCUGUCGUUGAUGCCGCGCCUCUCACUCCUGGAGCGUCACAUUCUGCAGGCAAGCGAUGUCAAAGAUUUGUUCGUGGAAAAGUUCGAACAGAUGAUUGCUCAGCGACUGGCAGACGAGGCUCUGGUCCGGAAUCAGGCAGUACCAGACUCGCCUACGAAGGCGGAACCCAAGUAUGUCGUGCCCCGUGACACACAUGAGUUUGAGUCGAAGAUCGUAUACAACGGCAUCGCCAUACCCGUGAAGAUACCCACCGCUCUCUCCCCCGAAACCGUGGGCGACUUCUCCCUGAUCAAGCUGGUUCAGGUGUUCGGCAACCCGCACACGACACAGCCACAGCCUUUCGCGUUACACCCCCAUCUGACGACAUCCGGAGCCUAUACGCAUCCGAUCAUCGUACUCAUCAACGCCAUGUUGACGCAAAAACGAGUCAUAUUCUUGGGGCACAAUCGACCAUCUGGUGAAGUUGCCGAGGCGGUCCUCGCUGCCUGCGCGUUGGCUUCUGGCGGCGUGCUUCGUGGAUUCACCCGGCACGCGUUUCCGUAUACCGAUCUGACCAAGAUCGAUGAACUGUUGAAAGUGCCCGGCUUCAUCGCCGGAGUCACGAACCCUGCUUUCUCCUAUCAUCCGGAAUGGUGGGACUUGCUGUGUGACUUGCCCUCGGGAAGAAUGAAAAUUUCGUCCUGUAUAGAGGCUGCUCCGGCUACCGAGGGGACUGCGUACUUCCAACAGCAUGGCCAUUUGUUAAAUCAAAAGGACUCUAUUGGGGGUGACGCCACGGGAGACGUACAUUUCAUGGAGGACAUUGCUCGCAGUAUAGCAUCACGCCACGGGGAAUCCAUCAUUCGGGCCAAAUUUCGAGCAUACAUCACCAAAUUCACGCGCAUUGCUGCUGCCUUUGAAGAGACCGUCUAUGGGGCUAGCAAUCUCACAGUGAUUCCGCCCACGGAGGUGGACAAGGUGGAGACUCCUUCGGCCACCACCGCACCCAAACGGCCCAUGUCGUUGAAGACUUCGAGCCAGAAUCUCAAGGGGCACGGUUACGUAUGGCCGAGCGAGGAAGCGAAGACCCGGGAGCUGGCGGCAUCAGCAGCCCGGAUCGAGGGUUGGAGGAACACCCGAUCAUACUAUGCCUUCAUCUCCGACCUUGCAACCAAUUCCCAGGAUGCGGCAUCCCCCAUCUCGCCGGUCAGCAUGAGCAAUAUGCUUGCGCAGCCCCCAGCACGACCAUAUGUGGAUCUGUACCACUCGUUGUCCAAGCUUCGGACUCUGCGACUCAGCCCGACGGAAGCGGGAGCAAUCUAUCUGGCCCUGGAAGCAUAUUGUACAGACUACGGCAGUAUUCUUGAACUGUUGGAGUUGGCCCCGAUGUCUGAGGCGGGGCUGUUCUACGUCGGGCUCGGGCUUUGGCAUGAAGAUUACAGGGUGCGGGAAGCAGUUGCCACGCUGCUCGACAGGAUCCGAAAGCAUCCCGCCGGGCGCGUGUUUUUCAGUCGACUGGGUGGUUGGGCCAAUAUGGGAUUCACCAAAUGUCUGCAGGAGAAGGAGGCUAGACGGCGGGGCCAGCGACAGGAUGUCGGUGAUAUGUUGGGCGCAUUGGCCAUCGACAGAGACGGCAAAGGCAGUUGA